UCUCAGUAGUUGGUCUGCCAACUGCUCUAGCCCUCUUCGGCGUUUAGUGCCAAGGAUAAAGAAGUUUAAGUCUAUUUAUUGAAAGGCUCUCCAUUCAAGGCUUCACUGGAAAAGUGUUUGACCUGUCACAGGAGAGGCCUCUUUUCUGAGAUGGAAAUUUUAAAUGGGAAAGUCACAGCUUCGGAAAUCAAGAACCAAACCCUCGUGUUCCAUGGGCCAGUGGAACUCAGAAGAGAGAGCAUCAGUAAGAAGUGUCAUCUCUACCUGUACAGAGAUUUCUUGGUUGUGACGAAUAGUCAGUAUAACCUAGCCUUUAAGAUAAAAUACAUCAUCCCUCUGACUUCCCUGUGGAUGGGGGAGUGUGUGGCCACAGACUUUGUAGGCUCCAGUCAGGCCAGGAAAUCCAUUCACCUAGGCUGGCCCAUAGAGAACUUCAUAGUCACCUUCCGAUCUUUGGACCAAAAAAGAGAAUGGUGUUGUUUCCUUCAAAGAUCCAUUAAUCAAACCAAGGAGAAGUACCACGGGAUGAGUACUACACUGGAGAUAUUCAUAGAGGACAGCCCAAGCGGGAACACUCCUUUCACCGUAACAGCAACACAUUUGGACACAGUCAACGACAUUGUCAAGAAGUUACAACCAGUGUUGGGAAUACCUAAUGCUGAGUGGAAUUACCAGCUCUGCUUCUCUUCUGGCCAGGAAGACGCGCCAUGCCCUCUCCUAGGACAUGAGAAUCCAUAUGCUAUCAAGAUGCGUGAACUUGGAAAUGAUGCAUUUAUGGCCCUGGGUCCAAGCAAAUACACCGCUUAUCUCAACAUCAAAAAGGUGAUGCAGGAGCUGCAGGCCCCUCACGUGCCGGGAAGAUUCAUCCUAAAGCCCAAGGAGACACCCAGAGGCCAUCAGCAGAGCAGUGAGUCUCUUCCCUACUCAGAGAAAAUAGUCAAAAGACGCUCUCUCCUAAGUCGGAUAUUUCAAUGGGGCACGCCCACCUGCUGUGACCAUGUGCUUCCCAAGACUCCAGCCUCAACUACUGGUGGCCUCUUCUGUAAUUCUCUCGGGGCUAUUUGCAAGGAUGGUAAUCUGCCGUCUUCAAUUCUGGAUAUGCUGUCCCUUCUGAAUGAAAACGGACCUGAUGUGGAAGGAAUAUUUAGAAAGUCAGCCAAUGCAGCCUCCUGCCAAACACUGAAGGAGAAGCUGGAUUUGGGAAAGGAUGUAAAUCUGAGGGAGGAAUCUAUCCUCGUUGUGGCGUCUGUUUUAAAGGAUUUCCUGCGAAAUAUCCCAGGAGGUGUCUUCCCAUCCAGCCUCUAUGACAAAUGGCUGGCUGUCACUGAUGAAGAGAAUGAGAAGGAAAGAAUCUCUGCCAUCCAGAGUCUGUUAGAGCAACUGCCAGCACCGAACCUCGCCCUCUUGAGACAGCUGUUUCAGGUCUUACACAGCAUCGAGAGACAUUCAUCAACUAACUAUAUGACAUCGUAUAACUUAUCCGUGUGUAUAGCACCAAGUGUUGUGAGCCUGCCUAGCUCCCACAAGUUGGGACUAGGAAAUGAAGUCUCAAAACAGAUUUCUCUUGUGCAGUUUUUUAUUGAUAAUUUUCAAAAGAUAUUUGAAGACAACACUAGUACACUUUCAGGUGAAAGCUCAGUGAUAAGUAAUAACAGGGAGGAGAUUUCGGAUACCUUCAAUUACUUCAUUGAUCUAAGUGCUGCCCAGGAUGAGGAGAAAAGCUGUGUUAGUGAAAGGACCCAUUCCAAGGGUGAUGCUGUGCCACAUCUGUCUGCUGCUCCUCACGAGGGAGGUUUCCCAGGUGAGAGGAGGUUUUUUUACACCCUGAGAAGGAAAAGCAGGGUAAGAGAAUACCCACACAUUCAGACAGUUGCUAAUCCAAUCCGAGCAACAUCAGGAUAUACUAUGUUAUUACAGGAUUUGACAAAUGCCUCAAACAAAACUGUAUGUGGAAGCUCAUACUUGUACCUGAUUGAUACGCCCCAAAGAAACCCAUGUGGGGUUUUACACAUGAUAUACAUAUCUUCUCUCUUCCGACUGGUCCAUGAGACCACAUAGAUUGCUAGUGCUCUUGAAAUAAUUUGAAAGAGCCAUGAUCUUUGGGGGGAAAAUUACUUCGGUUAACACCAAACAAAUGUUCUAGAGAGCAAAGCACUGUGCCGCACCUUAUGACCUGUGUGGUUAAGUGUCUACUGAUUCUAUCUCGAAUACAGAAAAAUACUGUUAUCAGGAAGAUUAAAUAAAAUUUAUUGUGUUAAGUUUGUUCCCUAUUGUCUGGAGGCCAGCAAAGUUUCCCCUGAAUCAGCAGUUAGCAUCCUGCAAGGGCAGCUUUUAAAGCGGCUAGCAACAUUUCAUUGUCCAGAGCAGAGAUGAAAGUCAGAUUUGGGACACUAUUUACAAAAUGCAUUACAAUCAGAAUGGAGGUUAGUCUGGUGUCAGGAAGAUGUGUAUACCAAGAUGACAUGUCU